GAUUCCAAAUUUUUUGCGUGAAUCAUUGUGAGAGCAAAGUUGAACUAAUAAAUCAACUCGCCGGGAAAAAUGGAUCAAACGGCGGAGGAGAAGAUGGUGAGAGAGAGAAUUAGAAAGAAAGUUAACGAAGUCAGUUCUGUGUCGCAGUCUCUUCUUACUCCAGUACAAGACCACAUCAAUUUCACCCUUCAAAAGGCAUACUUCAAAUGUGCAUAUGAGUGCUUUGAUAGGACAAGAACACACGCUGAGAUUAGUCGAUGUGCAGAGAGUUGCAGUGUUCCUAUCACAAAUUCGCAGAACCACUUUGAUAAUGAGAUGUCUGUGUUCCAAGAGAGGUUGAAUAGAUCUCUUGUGGUUUGUCAAGACAAGUUUGAGUCCGCUAAGCUUAAGAAGACGAGGAAUGAAGCUGUAAAUGAUUUGGAGCAUUGCGUAAACCAAACUGUUGAUGAAGCUGUCAAGACUCUGCCUAAUCUCGUCACAAGAAUGAAGAAAGCUUUGUCAAUCACAGACUGAGCUCUAUAAAAACUUUAAAGAGGGAAUCCUUCUGAUACUUAGUGAAACUAUAUUUUAUUGAUGUCAACAAACUCAAUACAUCAUAUAUCAAACAGAGAAAUGAAAUUAUUGGUUGAGA